AUGGGCCUUAUAGUUUAUAGAUUCCCAAAGCCCUGGGCAAACCCCUCCCUUUCGCGUUCACUUUCCGAUCAUUCCCUUGUGGUGGCUGUAGCAGUCGACGACGGCUCGAUCACUCACUUUUGCAAACCCUAAUUAGAUUAAUGUAAAGUUUCUUCAAAUUCCAUCUUCUCUUCAAUCCAACCGACCCUCAUUGUUGCAAUUUGAUCAAAAAUCUACAAACAGAAUGACGUCCGAUUCGUCCCCUUCCGCGGAAGGAACUAGCGGCAGCGGUGCUAACAGUUAUUCACAGCGGAACUGUUUACCAUCGCCGUGGGCUCAAGUCGUUCGUGGAGGUGGUGAGCCGGACCCGGUUGCUCCGCGUUCGCCGUCUGCAUCGCAAUCGUCUGUUUUGCCGGAGCAAAACCUUGUGGUUUCUGAUCAGUUGACGGUAACGGAGCCGCAGCAGGCGGCGGCUGUUGAAACGCUUCUGGAGGCGUCUGAGGGUAGUAGUAACGGCAAUGCGAGUGGUUUAAAGAAGUCGGCUUGGAACAAACCCUCGCCAAACGGCGUCGUUGAGGGGAGUAGUACGCCUGUGAUGGGCGCUGCUUCCUGGCCAGCGCUCUCGGAAUUGACUCGAGCGUUACCGAAAUCGACGUCUUUCACGUCGGAGACAUCUAAACAUACAUCUGAUGGAUCCGUCACUGUCUCUCAGGCACCUGUAAUUUCACAACAGCCGCAGAGACCUGUUAGACCUAAUGCAAGCCAUCAUGCUAAUCAAAACCAUGUCAACCCUGUCCGGCAAAGGUCAAUGAAACGAGGUGGAAGUUCAGGGGGUGGCUACAAUCGACCACCACCACCUCCUCCACCACAACCACCAACACCACCACCAAUGCCACGUUUUCCUCUUUAUGACAUGUCAUAUCGUGGUUAUGUACCAGCUGUGUUGGAUACUUCAGUAAGGGAUCAAUCACCCUAUAAUGGCAACAGUUUUGCUCCAAGACCUAUGGGUCACUCAAAUGCCAUGAAUGAUCAUCAUUCAUCAAAUAGGAGGAGGAAUAACUUUGGUCCUCGUCCUCGUGGUGAUGGAGGACCUUUUCUUAACAAUGGCCAUGGAGGUAGGCGAGAUCACCAUGAUCGUGAUUGGAGGGGUCCUCAAAAUCAUGCUGCUAUACAACCUCCAAUGGCUCCACCACCUCCACCUCCUCCUAGGGGUUAUAUGCAACAAGCUCACCUGGGUCCUGCUCCUUUUAUUGCUCCCCAGCCUAUAAGACCAUAUGGAACCCCCAUGGGUUAUGAAAUGGCAGCACCAUUUGUGUAUGUGUCCUCACUACCUACAGAGGCUUACAGGAAUGCACCUAUUCUCCCUCGUGCUCCUCCACCUCCUAUGUUUAUCCCUCUUGUGGAUACACCUUUACCUGUUAAGAUCCUACAACAGAUUGAAUAUUAUUUCAGUGAAGAAAAUUUGAAGAAAGAUGAUUAUUUGAAGUCAAACAUGGAUGAAGAAGGUUGGGUGUCACUCAGUUUAAUAGCUGGAUUUCGAAGGGUUCAAAGUUUAACAAGCGAUAUUCAACUAAUCUUAAAUUCCUUGAGAGACUCUACUGUUAUUGAAGUUCAGGGCGAAAACAUUAGAAGUCGCAGAGAUUGGCAAAAAUACGCAAAAGGCCCACUUCUAGAAGCUUCUUUACAGAACCUCACUUUAACCGAAUCGACACCUGGCGAAACAAGCACCAGCAGUUCAGAUCCUGCGCAUGCAGCCUCACCGAAUGGCGAUCAGUCUUCGAUGCCAAAUUCAAAUCAAGACCUUUGAUUAAGCCCAGAUUUUGAAGUAAAUAAUAUGAUGAUGAGUGGUUGGAUGGAUGAUCAAGUCAAGUGUUUUAUGGGGUUCGUUGAUUGUAUAGAUAUUGGAAGCCAAAUUUUGAGGUUGUGGGAGGAUGGGAAUUGGAUUGGUGUUUUUUUGAUGAAGAUUUGGAUGGGAUGUGUUUGGAUUUGGAUUUAACUUGGAUUUUUACCUUUUUUUUUUUUUUUGGAACCGUAUAAUGAGACUUUGAAUUUAUAGAUUCUUGAUAUACCUAGACUUGUUUUUGUGAUUUUGGUAGAAUGUUUUAUGGUUUUAUCUUUAAUUUUUGGGAUUGUUUUUUAGAUUUCUAGAUGUUGAUUUUUAUUCUUUUCGGUGUGUUUAAAUAUUUGGUAAAUUAUAUAAAAACCAUUAUAUUUUGAUC